AUGACUGUCUUGGAUGCUUAUCACAUCUUCAAUGAACCACCUCCUGGAGCUGUUGCAAGAUCAACUUUUAAUGCUCUUCCACCACGAGAAGUAAAGACCACAACACCACAUGACACGUGCAUAUGUAGUAUCCAUAAGAACAUGUAUCGGUGAUUCAAGGUUUUUUCCAGGUACAUAUA